AACUAAUACCGAUAAAACCGUUUCCGUGCCGGACGUUUAUAAAAAGCGGACCGCCAACUGUCAAAGAUAUAACUCUUCCGUUUAUCAAUACGGGACAGGGUUAAACCAGUUCCCCCUCGUCAUUGAGAUUUUACGGGGCUUUUACACGCACAUAUUCCGUUAUGUGGUAUAAUCCGCGUUAUUACCGCUGACUUUGAACUGCAUUCACUUUUACAUCGGAUUUCGUCAUCAAACAUGGAGAAAUUUGAAGGCUACGUCUUCACUGCGCUCUGCAGCACCAACUUUUUGAUCUCCUGCCUGCUGUUCUCCAGAGUCACUCGGGAGCAAAGGGAGCCGUACAUGGACGAGGUGUUCCAUGUGCCCCAAGCUCAGGAAUAUUGCCACGGGAAAUUCAACGAGUGGGACCCGAUGAUCACCACUCUGCCGGGCCUGUACCUCGUCUCCGUGGGAGUCAUCAAGCCCGUGGUGUGGCUCGCUGGCCUGACGGGCCAGGUGGUGUGUUCCACGGCCAUGCUGCGCUUCAUCAACCUGCUGUUCAACUGCGGCAACCUUUACGUGCUCUACCUGCUCAUCUGCAAACUGCACCUCAGGGAGAAGACGCGAACGACCUCCCGGCGAGUCCUCUCGGCGCUGUCUCUCUCCACCUUCCCCGUGCUCUACUUCUUCAACUUCCUCUACUACACUGACGCCGGGUCUACUUUCUUCACCCUCUUCACCUAUCUCAUGACGCUCUACGGCUGCCACAAGGCCUCGGCGCUCCUCGGCAUCUGCGCCGUGCUCUUCCGUCAGAACAACAUCAUCUGGGUGGCCUUCUGCGCCGGCACUUUGGUGGCCGCCAAAAUGGACGAGGCCUGGAAGGUGGAGCAUGCGAAAAAGAGGGACGAGAAGUCCCCGGCGUCCCAGGUCCCUCUGACGUUCAGUGGCGUGAAGAAAGCCACGCUUUUCACGCUGGAGUUCCUCACCUCCCCCAUCCAGGUGAAGGCGGUGCUGCUGGUAGCCUGGCCGUACGCGGUGGUCGGCGUGGGCUUCCUGGUGUUCGUGGUGCUGAACGAUGGGAUAGUGGUGGGCGACCGGACGAGUCACGAAGCCUGCCUCAACUUCCCCCAGCUCUUCUAUUUCUUGUCCUUCGCCCUCUUCUUCUCCCUCCCCGUCUCGCUGUGUUACUACCGCGCUCUUCGCUUCCUGCAGGCCGUGAAAAGGCAGCCUCUGUUUUUCGUCUUCGCCACGUGCGUCUGCCUGCUCCUGGUGUGGAAGUUCACCUCUGUUCACAAGUACCUCCUGGCAGAUAACCGUCACUUCCCCUUCUACGUGUGGAAGAGGCUUUUCCAGAGGCACGAGCUGGCACGCUUCCUCCUCGUCCCCGUGUAUGUGUUCGCCGGGUGGAAUUUCCUGGACGCCUUCAAGUCGCGCUCGCUCUUCUGGAGCCUGGCGUUCCUGGCGUGCCUCCUGGCCGCGACCGUGCCGCAGAAGCUGCUGGAGUUCAGGUACUUCAUCGUUCCCUACCUGAUGUACCGCCUGCACAUGCCCCUCCCCUCCCUUCCCAGGCUCAUCGGGGAGUUUCUCCUGUACGCGGCGGUGAACGGUGCCACGCUCUACAUUUUCAUCAGUAAGACCUUCUACUGGCCGGACAGCGCAGCCACGCAGAGGUUCAUGUGGUGAGCUAAAGAGGAACGCGUAUCUGAUGCCGGGAGUUCCCGGAAUCGGAUGGGAUGCCGGUAAUCGAGCGAUUGUCCAGAGAACCACGGAGCAUGUGAAGUCUCAGAAAUCAAAAAGAAAAAGCUUCCGUUACAUUUCAAUAACCGACACAAAUGGCUUAUACUUUUGACUUUUUUUUUGUACAGUGUAACCAAUUAGUGUUCGGGAUCUUGUAAUGGGAUCAGCCACGGCUGACACUGAGAAUCAAUAUUGCUAGUUUUAUUGGGACAGGUGAUGGACAAAUAUAUUUUAAAAAAACAUUUAAUCGUGUGCUUUUCAGGUUUAAUUUCUGCAGGGUUUUACUUUCACAGACGAAGGCCUCAAACACAAUUCAAUUGAAAGAGAAUUCAUUCUUAAAGGAAAGUUUUUUGCUUUGAUGAUGCCGUGGUGGUUCCAGUGUUGCAAAUCUGGUCUGAGUUAUAAUGUUCUGUUUUGUUGAAUUGAUUAAAAUGUUGAUCCCCCUCCAGGAGGAAAACUAAUUGUCUGCAGGUUUCUGGGAAUUGUGAAAGCCGGGUAUUGUUUCCUAUGGCUGUCACCGUUUUGUACUAUAAAUGUAAAUACCGUGUGCAGUUCUAUGAAUAACUGUAGACACAAGCUGUAAAUAUGAUUCAAGAGACCAAAAAUGACGUCCAUAUUGUGUUCAGAAUUUCUAUUGUAUUGGAUGUUUUUGUAUUGAUUUGAGAUCCUAGUUUUGUUUAUUUGCCGGUGGAGAACAACAGACUUGUUUAUAAUCAUGGACAAGAGAUACAUGUGUCUUCAGAUUUAUUACUUUGACCAAGCCAUAAAAAUCCACUGGAAUUGAUUCAGAAUUUAGAUGUUUUAAAAAAAAAAAAAAUGUUUGUUAUGAAAUUAGUUUUGUUGUACUUUGUGAUGUGUGUGUGUUUGUGUGCGCAUGUGUGUUACAUUUUAGGAAUUUCGACGUGUCCAUUCAGCUGUAUGCUGAUCCCCUGUUCAUACAAUUGUGCGUAUACCUUUUGAAUAAAAUGACUCGUGCAAUA